AUGGCCCCGUCUAGGCCCCUUGCGGCCCCUCUGCAGCCCCGUCACCGCCACCUUCGGCCCCGCCGCCGCCGCCUGCGGCCCCGUUGCCGCCACCUGCGGCCCCGUUGCCGCCACCUGCGGCCCCGUUGCCGUCACCUGCGGCCCUGUCGCCCUCCCCUAGCGGCCCCGUCACCGCUCAGCCGCCCAGUGACCGAACCGCCGAGCAGCCAAGCAGCCGAGCCGCCCAGCAGCCGAGCCACCCAGCCGCCGAGCCGUCGGGCCGCCCAGCACCCGAGCUGCCCAACAGCCGAGCCGCCCAACAGCCGAGCUGCCCAGCAGCCGAGCUGCCGAGCCGCCGAACGCCCUACUGUCGAGCCGCUGCUGUUCCUGCUGGUGCGCCCCGGCUCUACUUACUCGGACUGGGUCGAUGAUCUCCAGGUAUUUCUACAGUGCGAUAGGGCAGACAGACUCUCUCUAUUUGAUCUCACCUCUGGUGUUUCUCCCACCCCACCUGCGAUUGCUGACAGCACUGUUCGCUCACACUGGGCCACACGCGAUGCUGCUGCUCGCCUUGUUGUGCGUCGCCACUUACCAACCGCUGAGCGUGCGCACUUUAGCCAAUACAAGAGUGCUAAGACCUUGUACGACGCUGUAGUUGCACGCUACUCCUCCCCUGCCACUGCUGCUCUUAGUCGCCUCAUGCUGCCGUACCUGUUCCUGCUGCUUUUCCCACAGUCGCUAACCUUAUCACUCACCUUUGCACUAGUGACAUUCACUACCGCGCUGCGCUUCCUACUGAGUUCUGUGCCAAGAACCCCCCCCCCCAUGUACAUCACCCUCUACUACAUAGUCACCCGCCUCCCUGACUCCCUUCGCUUAGUCAGGGACCACUUCCUCUCAGUUUGCCCCACCACACUCACCGUCGACCUCCUCGAGGAGCGCCUCCUAGCAGCAGAGAAGAGCAUAUUCGCUGUAGGAGCCUCUCGUGGUGACCCUCGCACCCCCGUCUUUGAGGGGUGUUCCCCCUCCCCCCUCUUGCCCACUGUUGCUUCUGUUGCUGCGGCCGACCUUGUUGGUUUUGAGUCGGUCGGCGCUGCGUCUGCCCCGGGCUGGAGACGCCACACCGGCAAGGGCAAGGGGGGCAAGGGCGCUGGAGGGGCUAGCGGGGGCAGUGGAGGUGGUGGUGGAGGCAGUGGAGGGGGUGGGGGUGGUGGUGGUAGUGGUGGCGGGGGUGGAGGUGUCGGUGGCAGCAGUGGAGGCGGAGGAGGCGGCGGCGGUGGCGGAGGGAGUGGUGGAGGCGGCGGAGGUGGCAGAGACGGCGGAGGUGGCGGAGGCGGCGGCGGCAGCAGUGGACCUAGUCGCGGCUCUGCGCAGAGGAGUGGCUCCGCUGGUGGUCCGCGCCAGAAGCAGCGGAGUGGUGUGACUCUGUCCCCUCAGCAACUUCGUGAGUGGUACGCUGCGCGUCAGCGCGGUGGGGGUACUGGUCCCUGCACCUACGUUCUCCGUACCGGCGACCCCGCUGGUGAGCAGUACGGGGGCCUGCACUCCACCCAGCGCUGCUUUGGCCGCCUAACGGACGCGUGGCGGCACCAGUUCCCAGAGGCCUCUGAGAUCCCUCGCUGGGGAGAGUUGUCUAGGGCGCGCUGGUGA